CUCGGUACAAGUUGUGUCGCUGUCAGGCCCGUUCCCCGCGCCCCCCGCGUUCAUCUCGGCCGCAUUCUGUCUGUGGGUGUCGCGCUGUAUAGACUUCGCGUGUGUCGCUCAACUUAGUGCGCCGUUUGUGAGUGCUUGCUAUUCCAAUCGAGUGACAGUGUGACGAAACCAGUAGUCCAUCGCAGAGGAUGUUAACAGCUCACGAUUGCAGCUGUUGACGUAUACAGAGCCAGCCAGCCGACCGGCCGCCAUUUUUCUCUCAGCCGUUCCCUUCUAACCCUCCAAGAUUGCUGCCACCAUGGGUCGAAAGAAAAUACAAAUAUCUCGGAUUACGGAUGAACGGAAUCGGCAGGUGACGUUCAAUAAAAGAAAGUUUGGAGUAAUGAAGAAAGCCUACGAGCUCAGCGUCCUCUGUGACUGCGAGAUCGCUCUGAUAAUCUUCAGCUCCAAUAAUAAACUUUACCAGUAUGCAAGCACGGACAUGGACAAGGUACUAUUGAAAUACACUGAGUACAACGAGCCACACGAGUCGCUCACCAAUCGCAAUAUCAUCGAGGCGCUAACGAAGAAAGAGCAUAAAAAUGGAGUGAUGUCACCGGAUAGUCCUGAAGCAGAGCCUGAAUAUAACCUCACACCACGGACCGAAGCCAAGUACUCGAAGAUAGAUGAAGAAUUUCAAAUGAUGAUGCAGAGGAACCAACUGAACGGAAGCAGGGUUGGCGUUGGCGUGACUGGGAGUAACUAUAACCUGCCCGUCAGUGUUCCAGUUGGGAGCUACGACCAGUCACUGUUACAAGCUAGUCCUCAAAUGCACACCUCGAUAAGCCCACGGCCUUCGUCUUCGGAAACAGAUUCAGUAUACCCCAGCGGCGGAAUGUUGGAGAUGUCUAAUGGUUACCCUGGCUCGGGCUCCCCCCUGGGGUCUGGUUGCACAACCUCCCCGUCACCGGGACCGGCUCCCUCCCCGCACCGACAUCCGCACAAGUCGCACGGACACGCGCCGCCUCCACACCACUCGCCUCGUCAUAACAACCUGCGUGUCGUCAUACCCAACUCCAUGCCACCGCCACAAGAUGACAUCUCAUAUGCUGGAGAGACUCCACUAAGCUACUCAGGACUUGGCAACUUCGGACCACAGGACUUCAGCAUGACAUCGGACAUGGGAAUAGGACUAUCAUGGGGCGCGCACCAACUGCAGACGCUUCAGCACAACAGGUACAUUAGCAGCCUACCGGUGCUGGGUGGUGGGACCCCCCCUCCGGCCGCGUCCCCCAGCAAUGUAAAGAUCAAAGCGGAGCCGGUCUCCCCCCCACGCGCACCAGAUCACCUUCACCGCGUCUCUACCGCACCACAGCCAGCACAUAUUUCUGGCAUCAUUGAUGGUUCAAUAACGUCAAGUAAUUUAGGUUCUCCGGCAGGUCAGGACAUGCGGCAUGCCAGCAACAUCCCCAUCGACUACGAGCAGCCGCAUACCAAGAGACCCAGGAUCGAGAGCUGGGCCACAUAGCUAGGCUGCGAGGCCUUCGGACCUUACCCGAGGCCCCUUCACCCGCACUGCUAGACGGUCUUGGUUAGGCCUCAGGCCUCAUUCUGCACCAGCUCUUAUUCGAGGCUGCUCCUUUGAGCUUUCGGUUCCCUGCCGUCCCGUAAUCGCUCUUUUCCUGGUGCUGGCUUCUCCGAACGAACUUCUCUGGACGGUGCUUCAAUGGCACGGGCAAAUCAAUAAUAAUGGAAAAGGGCGUUAGUAUAAACCCUUGAGAUUCCCUUAGUUUUGAUGUUAUCAAUACCCAUGUAUACGUAACUUUUGAUGUUGGCACAUCCCGGUCCAUUUGAACUUUAGGGUUUAAUGUUAUUGAUAAGAACUAGAUACAGCUGCUUGAUUCUGCCCCUAUAAUAUGUACUGUAACGGCCUUACAAAUAUAAUUGGUAUAAAGUUAUAACUAAGCAUAAACCAAGAAUAUGUAAAAUGUUUACAAAUAGACAUUUUGCUUACGAAUGGUUUGUUCGGUUGUAUAACGUUUCCCGCGUUUAUUUGCAAGGCAGCUUGUCAUUCAGAAAACUUCAGAAUUAUCAUUGUAUUGACAGUGUUGUCAACAAUAUUGUAAACAUUUUGCAUAUUCUUUGUUUAUACUUAGUUAUAACUCUAUACCAAGUUUAUUUGUAAGGCCGUUAGAGUUCUAUUCCCUGUAAAUAAAUGUUAAAUGUGCAAUCCGUGCCAUUGUCUGUUUAGCUUAUAUAUUAAAUGUUAGUCAAAUAAAUUUAGUCAUAAUAUAAUGUAUGAUCAAACCAGCCAAGAUGAGAAGAGUGCGCCAGAGACGAUGUACAAGUGGACAAUCAAGGAGAAAGUGGACUUUGUGUUAGUGUUUUAAUGUUUUUUUUUGUGCCAUUUUAAUUAUCAUAGUGUGACAUCCGAACUUUGAAUCUUUGUAAAGUAAUCGUUAAGUGUAGUAUCAUCACAGAAGAUAAUAAGUAAUUAUGUACUAUUAACAUAUUUAUACACGAAAUGCAUAAUGAUAUUUACAUAAUAUGUAUACACGUUAGGUACGAAUGUUAUGUAAUGUAAGUAGGUAAUAAGUAAGGAUAGAUAGACUAUAUGAAUAUACCACACGAAGCUUUAAAAUUCUUAUGAUAGCACUCGCACUUGUAAAAAACACAGAAUGACACGAAUAAAAAUUAUUAAUAUUACUAUAAAAUUUACAAAGAAAAUCGAUCUCACAUUGAUCAUUGUUGCAAUUUGAACGUGCGAGAGUAAUUCAUUAGCCAGACCAAAUAAUGACGUCAAUUUUGAAUAUGUAUCAUUAUAGCUAUUACAGUACUCGAAGUACAUACCUACCCUAAGUUUAGUGGCGGUAAAGUUAGUAUAGACGCGCUUGUUAAAUACUUUCGUUAGUGUGAACUGAAAUGUUACAUAUUUACAAAUAAUAUAAGUAUGUUAUUAUAACUUUAUUCGUAAAUGUGACAAAUAUUUUUUAUAUCGCACUAUUCACAUAGAACAGCCCUAUUUUUAGACAUAACUGGUAUUGAAAUCUAUUUGAUAUGCACCAGUAAGAAAAGCUCAGUUCCGGCCAUUUGAAAACUUUUCCAUCAAUAAAUUCAAUUUCAAAUAUUUUUAUUCAAAAUACCAUGUGACAUCACCUUAUUGAAAGUCAAAAAAAAUACCACCCAUCCUCCAAUCCAAAAUGAAUGCCUCAAGCCUGAGAAGAAUGAGCGCAACAAACUCAGUGGGCUUCUUUUUUCAUGAAAAAAAAAUUCCCCUAAAAACAACUAUUCCCCUGAUUAUGACAUUCAUAGGCGUUUUAUAUAUAACCGUAAAAUAUUUAAUAAAAAAUAUAAUUCUACAUACCUUAAAUAAUAUUCCAAUUCCAAUACACUUGGUAUUUAUUAAAAUUACAUUUUGCUAUGAAAGGAUAAAAUAAAUACUAAACUAAAUUUUCGACUUAAAUAAAUAUAAAAUAAAAUAUUUUAAGCCUUUUAACAUUUCAAUUGAAAUGAUUUUCAAAUAAUGAUUAAGAAACAAAAAAUACUUCUAAUAAAUAAAAUACUUACUUUAACGGACAAGAGACGUACUAGGGAAUCAUAACAUUAUACAGUGGGGCCCCUUUGCACAGGAUGCCGGCUAGAUUAUGGGUACCACAACGUCGACUUUUUCUGGCGCGUAACAGUAAUGUGUAAGCGUUACUGUGUUUCCGUCUGAAGGUCGCCGUAGCUAGUGAAAUUACUGGGAAAAUGAUACUUAACAUCUUAUGUCUCAAGGUGACGAGUGCAAUUGUAGUGCCGCUCACAAUUUUUGGGUGUUUCACGAGCCCUGAGCGACACUACAUUGUAAUGGGCAGUGCGUAUCAAUUACCAUCAGCUGAACGUCCUGCUCUUCUCGUCCUUUACUGUCAAUUUUGCUGCAACAGAUUCCAAUUAAAAUACUACUAAAACUAAAAUGAAUAAAAAUGUGGCCGGAAUUACGCAAUUUACUUACAGAUUAUUUAUUUUGCUAUCUCCAAAUCCAAACUAUUAUCCAAUGCAACAAAAUGACAUAUUUCAUCUUCUCAAUUAGACCACUAUCACACUGUAGUUGCCUUACUCACGGUGCCUAUUUAUAAACCAUGAAAUGUUUCAUAUACAAUGUAUGCAAAUUUCACUUUCGUAUAUCCUAAGGUAGUAGAUCUAUAAAUUUUGCAUAAUAUUUUAAACAAGGAACUCGCAGUUAAUAGCUGCGAACUGUUUCUCGUCCUCGAAAGCACGUUUUACUGCGCUGGUUGUAUUGGGAUUUACAAAUAUAUAUUUAAUGUAAGAUAGCUAUUGUAAUGUUUAGCAUUGACCUGUAUAAAUACCACUAGACAGGCUAUUCCAUAAUGUUUGACAACAAAUUUUUGUGCCUGUUUGAAGCGCCACUCGCGAGCGUCCAGAGAACUAAUUUUGACGUAUAAUAUAAAUGGCUGCGAAGGAAUGUACAAGACACUGAAGUAUUUUUGCAUUUUGAAUUAAUUUCGUUCGUUUUCCAUGUUAUUUAUCAACGUAAUAAAGUACACACUUUUUUUGUAAAUAGUUUCCCACCAUCUACUGAUGUUUGCUGAGGUUAUCAUCACUAGUUUUAGCACCGCAGACUCUCGCUACAUGGCAAACAGCGCCAAAAUGGCGAAUAUCAAACAGGCAUAAAAGCACUUUGACAGCCGCCAGUCCAGUGGAAUAUAAAAGAGGUCAGUGAUUGUUUAGUCACAUUAUUCUAACGUCAAAAAUUGUUACGGCGCAGUGUUUUCUUUGUAACCACGGUAACGGAGCAGUAAGUCCGUGUACUUCUGUCUCGCUCGUAAGGUUAAUGACCGAAAAUAUUUGUGCACCACGACUAUAGUUUAUAUUCUUUAUAAUUAUCGUUUUCAUGUAUAUCUAUCUAAACCAAUUAUAUGAAUGUUGUUGUAAAUAAAAUCACUAUUUUAAUACAUGUGUAGAUGUUAAAUUUGCUACUUCAACUCACAGUAACAAAAUGGAUGUUAUCUGUACAGGGAAGUGAUGAGUUCAAAGUUUGUAAGCCUGAACUGUUUUUUCACGUUGUAUAUACACAACUAGUUAAAAUGUAUUUUAAUAUCGAUUUGUAGAGUUCCAGUGUAGGGCCGUAGUUAUAGCGUGAACUUCUGAGAUUUUGCACUCAUCCGACUGUGUUCUUUAAGAAGAGUUACUUUGUUCAUAACUACAAGGUACUAGAAACAAUAGAAUCGCAUGCCUUUCGCUAGAGGUACUUUGAAUUAAUAUUUAAUACGAUUUUGUUCAAAUAUACAUUCGUAUCGGUACUAUAAUCAAAUAAACUAUGGCAGUUUAUUUUCAGAUUCAAUUUUUUUUGUUACUUCUAUUACGUUACGUUUAAAACCAUUAUAUACAACACCAAUAUUCAAAAAUGAAAAAUUUACAGUUCUGUUCGAAGCUAUGGAGUUCAUUAUAUUAUUUUGUAAUAAUGUGAUAAGUAAAUAAUCGAUCGAAUUUCCGAGUCGUAAUUUCAAAAUACAAGUAUUGAGAGAGUACGAGAUACGAGUUAAUUCGACAUCGAGUUCACAAUCGAGUAAGUGCAAUUAUCGAGUAAGUUCACCCUCCUACUGUUUGUAUUCGUUAGUUAUUGUGAUAACAUGUCUAUGUUGAUUCUUGUAAAUUAUAAAUGUGUGUUGAUUUGAUCGUUCCUAAUUGUUCCUUUGCUGAACUUGUACGUGCAUUGUUAAAAUUUGCUCAAAUUAUAAUUGGCAGUGUUAUUCCAUACAAAAUCCAUUACUCGGCAAUACUAUUGUUUAUUAUAUAAAUUUGUGCCGAAAGCUGUUGUUAACAAUAUAAAGUGGACUGUAAUUUUUGUUUAACGAACUGAUGAAGAACAUAAUAAUUUACCUUUCUUAUAAAUCCCUUCUUUUUUAUGAGCAUCCGAACAAAUUAUUUGUAAACAUUUAAAUUAAUAUUUAAAAUAACUACCAAAAUUAUUAUUAUUAUUAUAAGAUUUCCAAAACUUUAGUUAAUAUUUUCUAUAUACAAGCACUGGUCAUAUAUACUCCAGUCGCGGACAAAACUGACCAAUUAACUUUCUGUUUCGCUCACUCAAACGCGUGACAUCUGUAUCUUGUGAGGUCAACGUCCGACAUUUUGCUUCGCCACCGGACUGUAGUAUGUUAUAAUGAUAACUAACAACAUCUCUGUCAUUAAUAUUGUACAAUAAUUAUAUCCGUCGAUUGCACUAUAAGUAGCGAUACUUCGACUUGUAUUAUAAAACAUAAGCUGGUAUUGGGAGCAUAAUUUCCGAGGUUGUGACUUACUAUCGGGAAUGAUUUCUUAUAAUAUAUCUUUUCUCGCACAACUGUGUUGUGUGUUUGUAUAAAAUUGUUUGCUUUGAUUGUUUAAUUUUUUAUCUACCUUUAUACCUUGGCAAGGGUUACAGCUGCCUAUUAUAACACGCAGGUCUAUUUUACAAACAUCGAAAAUGGAAAACUUUUAAUCUUCUAUUUCCUACCAAAUACUUCCUUUAUAGUUUUAAGUGGUGAUUAUUUUAAUGCCAUGCAAAGUAUUUCCAAUUUAAUUGUGUUUUAUAAUAGAAUUCGAUUUAUUUCGAGUUGUUUUGUUUGUGUAUAAUUAUGGUAGUAAUAUAGACCUGCCUGGUUAUCUAUGUUUAACCCUGUAGGUCAAUACUGUGAUGUAAUAGCACCCCGCUUCGUAACCAAUCAACAAUCAGUUCAUUGCAUUUAUAAAACGUAGACAUAAGUUCCUCUGGAUCAUGCCGGAUUACCAGAGGUAUUUGUUAAUACUUUCCUUUUACGUCUCGGUUUAAUCAAUCCAAAUAGUUUCUAGAACUAUAUACAUAUCCUUUACGAAUACUCAAGACAAUUUCAUGCUAUGUCGUAACAUCAGUUGUGCAAUACAUACUAUAGUAUCAUUGCUUAGAUAGUAGUUAGUAAUUACUUUUGAAUACAAAGGAAAUCUGUUGUAUUUUAUCGGUAUUUUACUGUAAAUUCUUCGAUGUUUCGUGGAUAUUACGGUUGUAUAACGCCAGUUAUCUUGAAUCCUGAGAAGGGUUAACACACUCUCUCCUCGGCACGCUAUGAUGGCAUUUUUGACAUUUUUGUGCUAAAAACAACUUCAGAAACUGAUUGUUGUUUUUUUCGGAAACGUUUUAAUUGUAAAAUUAUUUCACAUCACAAUUAAAAUUUGUCAAAACAGCCAUAAAUAUUUUUCAAAGUCAUAGUUGACCUUAGCGCGAUUUGAGGAGUGGAAGAAGUUAGCCCCUCUCAAGUGACAAGUUUUUUUGACGUGGUAUAAGUCAGUGUAUGAUUAUUUUAGGAGGCCGGGCCAAUUUUUGCAUUAUUAAGGUCACGGCUAUGUAUUGUUGUGUGGCAGACAUCUGUCAGUUUGUAUAAAUGAACCAUCUCAGUGGCUGAAUGGAUAUAUGUGUUGAUGGACAGUGUUAGAAAAUUGUUAUAAAUUAUUUUGAUGACUGUUCGAAGGAUAAUAAAGAGUUGGAUGUCA